AAAACAAAAGCUGGUCAGUUCAGUGCUCGACAUAAAAUUACAGUCACAGGACGUGCGCGGGAACAGAGCGUGUAGCCAACGCGAAUAACAUAAUUGUAGUCGAAUAAUAGACCAGUGCAUUAUAACGAAAUCACGCGACAACAUUGCAACAAGUGCAACAUCCUGCAUUUGAACUAAAUUAUCUAACAAACGAGCACCUACUCUAAAAUGCUGGCACAAUAUCUCUUUUAUUUCUUUUUAAUAAAAUUCUCUUUUGCCCAAAUUAACGGGGAGUUCUGGUGGUUAAACGAUAAACUGGCUAGCUUUCAGAGUGUGCGACCACCGCCACCUAAGUUUGAAAAUUUGAGUGAAUUUGAUACAGAUGAAAGUGCAAGAAUUGUGUUUAGAGAUAACAAACCAGACAGUGAAGUAGAAUCUUCAGAAAGUAUAAGUAUUAGUAAUGGUGAACCGGAAAGAGUUUCUAAAGAAAUAGUUAAUCACAACAUUAUAAAGUGGCCAGAAGAAGAAAAGAAAGUUUAUUUUACUAACGUAAACAGUAACAGUAUUACAGAAUCUGGAGAGGAACGAACUGAUUCCCCAGAGAUUGGUGACAAAUUCACGUUUCGAUUUCCUGAUGGCGAUAAUUUUAUAUGGAAAGAUUUAUUUAAUACUACAACUGUUUCACCCACUACUAUGAGUGCAAACAAUACUGAAAAUAUAAAUAAUGGAAGCAUUUUGUACAAUGAUAAAAUAUCAUUCAAUAUGAAUUACCGAGAGAAACAGUCUGAAAGUAUUUGCACAUUUAUAAAAAGAGCUGAAUGUAGCCAGCGUAACGGAGUGGUCUUAGAUAUCAAAGCAGCAAGCAAAACCAACAAUAACCAGUACAAAAUAUGUUGUGUGCUUCCGUUAGAAAAUAAAAACCAGGAACAAUCGAAAAUAAUAUUCCCGGACACCGCAAGAAAAAUAAAGCGACCCAAAAGAUCGAACAAGGAAAAUUAUGCUCAAAAGCAAAGAGACAUUUUGCUUCAACGUAGAUAUGCACAACAAAGCCACAAAUCAAAGCCUACACAGACAAAGAUUUCUACUCCUGACUACGAUUACGACGACCCAUAUUGGAAUGUAAAAAAUUUGAAGCACCAAAACAAUCAGAAACAAGAACCGAACACAAGAUAUGAUUAUAUAGAUGAUUAUGUAGACGAUUAUGUAGUAGAAGUACCAAAACCAGGGCUCACUGGAUUGUAUUCGGAUCAUGGACAAAGUCGUCCUGAUUGGACUUUCUUCAAUAAAAAUAAAGGUUCAUAUGGAAGCGACGACGAUUACGAUGAUAAUGAUAGUGGCCAGUUCGGAUACUCUACUAUUGAUCCUAGACUCGGCAGUGACAAGAAAUCAAAACGCGGGAAGCCAUUAAAAUUAUCGACCGCAUCAGACGAAUCGAACUACAAAGCAGAAAGUCAAACUAUUAGCUAUCAGUCUAACCCAGACUUCAAUGUUUUACAAGAUUUUAAACUCCUUAAUUUAAUGAGAAACAAAAGUAAGCCGCGACCUUUUGUAGCGAGAACAACAACAACGGAAAGCUUUGCAGAGGAUGAUAGCAAGGAAUCAUUAGUUAAUGGACCCUUUGAAGCGAGUUCUGAAAUUAAUAAUAGUGAUUUUGAAGACCUUCAAGUAUUUAAUGGUUGUGGAAAGACAUCAAAGACUUUGAAUUCAAAAAAUAAAGGCAAGCAGAUAGGUGACACAGAGAACGGGUCGCACCCCUGGCUGGCUCUAGUGGUGCCGACACAUAAGCUGAACGUUGUGCAAUGCUACGCCACGCUCAUCCAUCCCCGAGCUGCCGUCACUGCUGCAGAUUGCGUGCAUAGGAGCUCCCCCGGGGACGUGACACUAAUCGUCGGACUUUGGAACCUCAAUGAGAGAUCGCGGUCAAGAAGCCGAGUCAUUUCCUACCGCUUGCAUCCCCAAUAUAAGCAUGGGGGGUUGAACAACAACUUGGCGAUUUUGCACUGGAAGCGACCGUUUAGACUUGGGACCAAUAUUCAUCCGGCGUGUUUAGCUGAUCCGCGAUUGGGAGAUGAAUGCCUGUUCAUUGGAUGGGGAGGAUUUGAUCAAGCCAUGCGUCCCAAGUCUCGGUGGCAGCGUGCAUCACUUCAUACGUGCAACGGACGACUCUCGCUCAAUGGGAUCAACGUGCCGAAAGAAGCAUUGUGCGCAUCUGUGCAGGCUCGCAGUACUGUGACUGGUAUAGGCGGUUCGUUGAUCUGCAACAUGCACGGACGUCAAGCAGCAGUGGCGGUCGCCGUGUCUCGAGACAGUACGCUCGUUCUACUGCCCAUACAUGAGUGGGCCAUGCGGGCCAUUGCAGUAUUAAAGGACUAAUAUAAGGUAAAGGAAAAUAAAACAAUACCGGACUUUUAAACAUUUAUUAUCUUUAAAUGUUCACAGUUUACAUAAUACAUGAGCCCAGCCAUAUAACGAUAACUUAACAAUUUCACAAGACUGGUCAAUAAGAUGACGCGGCACUAAACUUGUAUAGGAACUAAAGUAAAAAACAUUACACAAACACAUUGGGAAUGUCGAGAUCCACGAUAAUGUAACAACAGUUCAGCAUAGAUGUUAAUAUCUCUUUAUGUUGUACUUCUAUUCUUUGGUGCCGAUUAUAUGAAAUGAGAAUUGUUCAUGUCGCCUACGAUUCCGUAUCUCCGGAAACUUAUAACUUAUGUCUUUACGUAGAUUAUAAACAUAAUUUAACAAGUCUUACCAUUUACAGCCCGUCGGUUACGCUGCGGACAUUCCGCCACACUUUGUCAUUGACACUAAUUCGGCUAAAAUAGUGUUCAAGGAAUGUUCGCAGCUACUUUAAAACUAAAAUAAUAUAAAUUGCUUCUGAAUAACAUAAUAAUACUCGGGGCGUUAUGAAGUAAAAAAAUUAAAAAUAUACA